UUCCAAUACCAUCACUCCCAAUUCAUUCACUGCCAUUUUUCUUCGGAUAGAGUUUUAUAUUUUAUUAUUUGUAACAUAAAAAAUUCCCGAUGAAAGAGGGAGUUUUUCUAUCGGUCCCUCAUAGGUUGUUUGAGCUGCCUUAUUGCCUUGCUGUAUUCCUAUUUUGGUACAGCCAAAAUAGGGACACUUCCGUAAUCCUUCGGUUAGAGUGCACACAUUUCUACAUGGCUUUAACCUGUAUCCAGCAUUGUCAGAGAUGCACCAGUUUACUGAGGUCAAGGAGUGUUGGUAUCAUCACCCUUCAGUAUUCCACAGAUGCCCAGCAUUGGCCUGCAGCCCUCUGGGAUUAUUUCAUUGUUCCAGUCUUGCCCUCUGUGCUCCAGAGAAGUCCGAAUCCAUCUCAGACGCGAGAGAGGUGGAAUCUAGGAGUGCGGCGUUACUGUGAAUCUCAUGCUAAGGUCCAACCAUCUCAAAUGAAACACAGGAAUACUGAUGAGUUACCUGGGACUGAUAUGGUGUCAUAUCAGAAUCCUCUCUCCCAUCAACUCAUAGAUGGAGGGAUGCUUCUGAAGGAGUGGCAGACAGCUUUAGGUACUAAUGCCACCCCUGUGUGUACACACACACACACACACACACACACACACACACACACACACAGUGGUAAUUUCUACCUAAUAUUUUUGUCCUCUCCAGAUUUGGAUGAUGCCCCAGGCCACUCUGCAUUAGAGGAGAUCAGUCAUGAGGAGGCAGUUCGUAUGGACAUCCCAGCUGCCCUGCCUCCUGUCUCCAUCUCCCUGAAAGACUAUGUCAACGAGUCAGAGACGCUUGGAAAGCUUGUACAGCUAGGUGUUCAGCUAUGGAAACUGGAGCAGAGGCCUAAUGUGAGUUCCAUGUUGCUGAGGCUAGACUUCCAGACAGACGUGACCCCACGGCUGGUCUUCCUGAAGCAGCUGGGAGUGGAGGAUUCUCGCCUGGGUUAUCUGAUCAGCCACAACCCCUUCAUCCUCACAGAGAGCCUGGAGAACCUGCAGGCCAGGGUGGCAUAUCUUAGGUCCAAGAAGUUCAGCGCAGAGUCUGUGGCCUCCAUGGUGUCCAGAGCUCCGUACCUGCUGAACUUCAGUGUGAAGAGGAUGGACAACCGCCUUGGAUUCUACCAACAGCAGUUAGGCCUUAGUGCUCAGAAGACACGGGAUGUUGUGGCUCGCCUUCCCAGACUUUUGUGUGGGAGCUUGGAGCCAGUUAAGGAGAAUCUUAAGAUAUGCAAACUGGAGAUGGGGUURCGUGAAAAUGAGCUCCAGCACAUUGUCACUGUAAUCCCCAAAGUUCUUACUGCUAACAAGAGGAAACUGACCCAGAUAUUUGACUACAUCCACAACACCAUGAACAUACCCCAUGGCCUGAUUGUAAAGUUCCCACAGGUCCUGAAUGCAAAGUACCUUCGUAUCAAAGAAAGACACCUGUUCCUGCAAUACCUGGAUAGGGCUCAGUAUGACCCUGCCAAGCCUAACUACAUCUGUCUGGACAAGCUAGUCUCCCUGCCAGAUGAGGCCUACUGCACUGAAGUGGCAUCAGCCACACUAAAGGACUUUGAACUGUUUCAGAAGACAAUGUAAUUGAUAAAACACUACAGUUUCUGUAUAUGUGUGUUAUGUCUAUAAAUAUGUUGAAGAUAUUCUACAAUUGAA